CACAGCCUAACAGGCUAUGCUACGGAAGAAGGCACAAGAAAGGCACAGCCUAACAGGCUAUGCUACAUGAAAUACAAUUAAAAGGAGAAUUCUAUUAUGAACAGACGUAACCUGUUCAUUGCUAUUUGUACAAUUACCCUUGGCAUUGCUGCGCUUGCGAUGUCGCAAACCUAUUUUGAGGAUAAUUUCGAUGAUCCGAAAGAAUCUGAAAAGAAAUGGGUCGCCCUCUUUGGGGAAUGGGAAUUCAAGGCUGAUGAAUACCAUCAACUCCAAAAUACCCCUAACUGCAUGAGCGUCGUCGCUGACGAAUUCUGGGAUGACGAAUGGAAUGAUUACACUUUUGAGAUGAGAGGGAGUAAAACCAGUGGUGCCGAAGGCUUCCUGAUUAUGUUCCGGUGCCAAGGUUUGAUGCAAGCUCGCGGACAGGCUCUUGAGGAUCCUCCGCCACGUAUGGAGAAGCUCAAACCCUCAUUGGAGUACUGGUGGAAUCUCGGUGGCUGGGGAAACUCACGCUCGCAGGUUGAAUCCUGGGGUGGCAAAGCGGGUGCCAAUAGUGCCCACACCAUUGAUGAGAAGGAUUGGUAUAACAUCAAGAUUGUCAAUACAUCUGAUAGUUACACGGUCAUCCUCAACGAUGAAGAAGUCGCAGAGGUGGCCGAUGAUACCGAGGGCGGUGUCGGGAGAAUCGGCUUAGCUACAUGGAGCACGGUUGCUAAGUAUGACGAUGUCGUCGUUUACGGACCUGAUGGCCCCUCGUUACCGGUUGAUGCGAGGAGCAAACUUGCAACGACUUGGGCACAUCUUAAAUCCGUGAAGUAG